AUGUCAAAAAGAACCAGCGAUAGUAAAGUCAAAGCACCACUCAGCGCGCUCGCUGCCAGACGUCUGCGACAGCAACAGUUAGCAGCGCAAGCAGAACCCUCCGAUUCAAAUUCCAAUGGCAAUUCACCGGCCAUCGCGCCCGGCGCAGAAGCCACACCGACAUUCCAUAGUAAAGAUAUAUCCAAUAUCAGUCCUUCAACACCAUUAAAGUCACGGAGUCCAUCUGCGAUACCUCCCAAGGAAACAAUAGAUUCCGCUCCGGACUCGGAUAUCGACAUACCACGACAAAUUUCAAAUUUCGUACAGACGGAGGAUAAUUACGUUUACGAUACUCAGACUUUGGAAACAACAGUAAAGCUGCGCCGUGGGGAGAGUUUCGUUAUUCAAGGCGAAUACAGGAUAUCAGUCAUUAGUGGCAAUAUAUCUAUAUGCGGCGCCGUCGUCGAAACAUCAGUCUCUCUCGACGUUAUUGCGCCUUCCACACAAGCUCUACCGGUAAUCGAAUGCGCCCCAAAGUCGAAAAAGCGGAAAGUUGAAAAGCCAGCUCGGAAAGAUGGAGGGUACGACGCAAUAUUUAGUCUCCAUAGCACACAGAGCGGAUUAAACGACGUUGGAAGAAUAUGUCCUCGUUUCGAUAGGAUAUGGAAACCGCCAUUGACUAGUACCAUCGUUAAAUCGAAAGGGUCUGAUUCAUUUACACCGAUUCUCACGGCAAUCCAACCCACACCGAUUCUCACCCUACCCCCCUCCUGGCAGCCAACAAUCACCACCCUAUCCUCGACAAAACAAUCUCCAAAAUCCAUAUUCAUCGUAGGCGGGAAAUCCGUCGGGAAAUCCACCUUCAGCCGGUACCUCCUCAACAACCUAAUAACAAACUCACAGCAAUCCUCAGUAGCAUACCUAGACCUCGACCCCGGCCAACCAAGCUUUACACCUCCAUGCAUACUCUCAUUACACAAGAUCACAUCUCCAAUCCUAGCUCCAUCAUUCGCUACCUUUGGGUCUACAGAGAUAGUACGACAGCAUCAUGUGGGCUAUAUCUCUCCGCGCGAGGAUCCAAAGUACUACCUACGUUGUGCAGCAGAUCUGAUGCGAGAAUACAGAAGACUAGUAGAGCAAGGCGAGAAGUUGACAUUGAUCGUCAACACAUGCGGCUGGAUCAAGGGUAUGGGGAGGGAACUACUACAUGAAUUAGUUGCGGUCUGCGAGCCAACUGAUGUGGUGGGUCUUGGAGAUGUGGACGGGGUAUUCGCAGAGAUAUUACCAGAAGGGAAAGGAGUAAAGCGGCAUACGUUAGAAGCUGCGGGUACCGGAAAUGCGGUUGGUAAUACUCCCGGUAGCCAGCAGUUUACACCGGCGGACUUGAGGAUAUUACAAACUAUUGCGUAUUUUCACCAGCGGCCCAAGGUUAGCGGCAUCAGCAGUGGCAGCAGCGACAACAACUCGCCUUCUUUCGACUUCGAGAAACAUCUAACGGCGGUACCACCGUUGAUUGCGGCUUACAAAGGAGCGACGAAGGUUAUUCAUGGAGUUACAAUUUUAGAUACUGGUAUUGCACCAGAUCUCAUAUUCACAGGAUUAAACGCAACGAUCGUAUCGAUCAAACUAGUAAAAAACGACGAUAGGGAACAUCCGGCAAUCCAGUAUCUUGAGAAUAUGUAUGAUGAAAACAAUGAUGUAACACCAUACAUACCCGCGAACCAAUUCGAUGGCACGAGCGGACUUUUAACGGCUGAAGGAACGGUGACUGCCGGGUUGGCGAUAAUCAGAGGCGUCAACGAAGCUAGCGGGGAACUCCAGCUUUUGAUGCCGAUCCAUGAGGAUGAAAUCAACGGUUACUUGGACGAUGGAUACAAGAUUUUGUUGUGUAGGGGCAGAGACGAGAUGCCGGUUUAUUUGAUGUGGGACUGGAGGGACGGGAGGGCAGGGCAGAAGGAACGGAGAGGUACGGGAAGCGGUGGAGGGGUGGAUAAGAUGCCCUAUUUGGAUUUUGUGGAUGGUGGUGAAGUGACAGGCAAGGGUGCGAAAGAAUGGAAAGUGCGGAGGAAUAUCAUGAGAAGGGGGCAACAAAGGCGGUAA